AUGAGUGUGGAUGCUCUGAAGAAUUUAAAUAAUAUUUACAACAGCAUCCACAACCUCAUUGCCUUAGCUGAAAAAGGAAACGGUUCGGAUAUCGCGAUAAAGCUACGGUACUUGGAAGCAUCACUGGAACAAUUCAAAGAAUCUAUUGAUUCUAUUUCUGAUAUAAUUGGAAUCUUUCUGCAAACAAUCGAAAUGCCCUUUCCAUUCAUUGCAUGCGAUGUAACUGCGCGAUAUUGUCUCCUAAUGUUGCGUCCUUUGUGGAUGCCAAGCCAUUUUCGUUACCGUUUUGUCAACAGACAAAAAACAGUACUUCAGUGGCAGGUUGAGAGAAUGUUCGAUUUUGAAAAUAUUGGUUUUACGCAUGCUCGCGAUGGUGUCAAAUAUUUGGUAUGCGCAAACUGUGAGGAUGGUCCUGUAGGGUAUCUAUGUCCGGUGACCAAAGCGCAUUUUGUUGCCGUUGUGAGCACAGCUGUGGAAGAACCAUUGGAUUUGAUUCGAUUAAGUUUAGAUGAACGCAUUUAUGUGAAAAUGCGCAACGAUCGUGAGGUUCGAGGUCGUUUGCAUGCAUUCGACCAACAUUUAAACAUGAUAUUAUCACAAGUAGAAGAGACAGUAACCACCGUUGAACUGGAUGAAGAAAAUUUUGAAGAAAUGCAUAAGCAGACGAAGCGUCAGAUACCGAUGUUGUUUGUUCGAGGUGAUGCUAUCAUACUUGUUGCCCCACCUCUGAGACAUACAUAA